AUGACAGCAUCCGGGAAUAGCGACGACGCCGGCGGCGGUCGCCGGGCCUCGGCAGCAGCCCGCGCCCCACCCGUCACGACCGUCCUCCCAGACGUGCCCGACGAGAUCGCCGAGAUGUCGGACGAUGAGGCGGCGCUCGCGGCGCUGGGCUACAAGCAGGAGUUCAAGCGCGAGUUUUCGGCUUGGACGACGUUUGCCGUUAGUUUCGCCGUCAUGGGGCUGUUGCCCAGUAUCGCGACAACCAUGUGGUAUGGACUCGGCUACGCUGGGCCGGCGGCGAAUACUUGGGGUUGGCUGGUGUCGGUCGUGUUCAUUUUGUGUGUCGCAGCGUCGAUGGCCGAGUUGGCUUCUAGCAUGCCAACGUCGGGAGGUCUGUACUAUGCAGCAGCCGUGUUGGCAGGUCCGAAAUAUGGACCUUUCGCAGCCUGGAUUACGGGGUGGAGCAAUUGGUUCGUACAGGUCACCGGAGCUCCGAGUGUCGACUACGGUUGUGCUGCCAUGAUCCUCGCGGCCGCAUCCAUCGUGAAUCCGGACUACGUACCGACAAACUACCAGACUUUCUUACUGACCGCCUUCCUCAUGCUGGUCCACGCGUGCAUCAGCAGCAUGCCGACGUUAUGGAUCGCGAACUUCAACUCCGUGGGCACGACCAUUAACCUCGCCGCCCUUUUUGUCGUAAUAAUCAUAAUUCCGACGGCCACACUGGGCGACCCGAAAUUCGUGCCCAACAACGUCGCCUGGGGCGUCCAGAACUUCACCGACUGGCCGGACGGCGUCGCCGUGCUCAUGUCGUUCCUCUCCAUCAUCUGGACGAUGAGUGGAUACGAUGCCAGCUUCCAUCUAGCCGAGGAGUGCUCCAACGCCGCCAUCGCCACGCCCCGCUCCAUCGUCAUGACGGCGGGUUCCGGCUCGAUACUGGGCUUCAUACUCAACGUGCUGAUCGCCUACACCAUCAAGGACGUCCCCGCCGUCCUGGAGAGCGACCUGGGGCAGCCCUUCGCGGCCUACGUCGUUCAGGUCAUGCCGCAGAACGUCGCGCUUGCCGUCCUCGCCCUCACCAUCAUCUGCGCCUUCUCCAUGGGCCAGGGCUGCAUGGUGGCCGCCUCACGCGUGUGCUUCGCGUACGCGCGCGACGACUGCUUCGGCAUCGUCAGUCGGCCCCUCAAGAAGGUCAAUCGUCACACGCUGACGCCUAUCAACGCCGUGUGGUUCAAUACGACCAUCGGUAUCAUGCUGUUGCUGCUGAUCUUUGGCGGCGCUGCUAUCGAUGCCAUGUUCAGCAUUGGCGCCAUUGGUGCUUUCGUUGCGUUCACUACUCCGAUAUUCAUCAAGAUCGUGUUUGUGCGUAAUAAGUUCCGCCGUGGACCGUGGCACCUGGGCGCCUUCAGUUUUCCGUCGGGUAUUCUUGCGUGCUGCUUUACGCUGGUUAUGCUACCCAUACUCUGUGUUCCCAGCGUCAGGGGCGCGAACCUGACGCUUGAUGAGAUGAACUGGACGUGCCUGGUUUAUGGGGCGCCGAUGCUGUUCGUUAUCGUUUGGUAUUUUGUCGAUGCGCACAAGUGGUUUAAGGGGCCGAAGAUCAAUCUUGAGCAUUCCAUGAUUGGUGUCGAGGGAGUCGAUCCCCAUUCGGAUGGCAAGGAAAUUGAUGAAGAAAGGGGGUUCAAGAGCAAAACAUCUUCAGCCUAG